AUGCUAGAUGAUUUUCAUCUUGAAUGGCUUUGUCGUCGAACAUGUCAAAUGUUAAAUGUUGAUAGAUCAAUAUUUAUUGAUAUGUUAGAACGAAAUAAUGGUUUUAAUGAAGAUCUAAUUGAUAAAUUUCUUUCGAUGAAUACAGCUUUACAUGAAAGAUCAUAUACAUUAAUAUUUCAUCAUGAAGAUUCAAAACGAGAUGUUUGGCAAAUGAUUGAAACUAUUGAUGAAGAAGAAUUAGAUGAUUUUGUUGAUGAUGAAAAUGAUCAGCAAUUAAUUUUAAAUGUCAAAGAACCAAUUAAUACAGAAAUUGAGUAUUCAAUUGAUUAUGUUAUUAAUCAUGCUCGUUUAUUACCUGGUGAUACAAUUGAUUCAUCAUAUGAAUAUUUAAAAAAUAUUCAACGUCUGUUAGUUAUUAAUCAAUAUGAUAAUAACAAUUAUCAUUUUGAAUUAAAAUCAUUCCAUCAAAUGCAUCUUUAUUGUGAACAUUAUCAUUAUUAUAAUUUAAUAAAAAAAACAUUUGCCUAUUUUAUAUUGCUGAAGAAUAACCACUUGUAUCACUUGUAG